GCGGACGUCCGGCGGCGGCCAUGGCGCUGGCGGAGGCGGGCGCCCGCGGGCGGCUGCUGCUCUGGCCCCGCGUCGUCCUCUUCGGAGACUCCAUCACUGAGUUCUCCUUCCAGGAAAACGGCUGGGGGUCAUCCCUUGCUGAGAGACUGGUCAGAAAAUGUGAUGUUGUGAACCGUGGGGUCUCGGGGUACAACACCAGAUGGGCUAAAUUGAUCCUUCCAAGACUGAUCACUAGAAGUACUAGUGCUGAGAGUACUGUUGCGGUUACUAUUUUCUUUGGAGCUAAUGACAGUGCUUUGAAAGAUCUGAACCCUAAGCAACACGUUCCUUUGGAGGAAUAUUCUGCGAAUUUGAAGAGCAUGAUACAGUAUCUGAAGUCAGUAGACAUUACUGAAGACAGGAUUAUUUUGAUAACGCCACCACCUCUUCAGGAAUCGGCUUGGGAAAAGGAGUGUCUUGCCAAAGGUGACAAAUUAAAUCGCCGUAAUGCCACCACUGGGGAAUAUGCCCAGGCCUGUGUUCAGGUAGCAAGGGACUGUGGAACGGAUGUACUUGACCUCUGGACACUCAUGCAAAAAGAUGAGGAUUUCUCUUCCUAUUUGUCUGAUGGUCUUCAUUUAUCGACAAAAGGCAACAGCUUUCUAGCAGCACAACUUUGGUCACACCUGGAAAAAAAACUGUCUGCUCUUCCUUCACUGCUUCCUUAUUGGCGUGACGUGGACCACACAAACCCCGAGGCCAGUCUUCUGUGAGAUCCCCUGCAGUAAGGACAAAAGCCUGACAAAGCUAUUCUGUUUACAAACAGCCAGUAUCCAGCAACGCAGUACUUGCGGAACAGGGUAGUGGGGAGUCCCCUGUCAGUACUCUUCUGUGUCCCCUUCUCUUGGUCUGUGGGAGAAUAAAGGUGAGACCACUCAGGGUCCCUAA